GUGGAGAUAUGGCUUGGCCAGCUGCUCGACAUCUCUAAGGCCUCUGUGCACAGUGUGAUCAGGCAGGCCUCGCAUGCUAUCAACGAUCCCAGCUACGAGAUGAUGGAAUUUCUUGAGAACUUCCCAGCACAGGUUGGCAUUCUCGGCAUCCAGUUUCUCUGGACUCGAGACGCUCAGUUUGCGCUCACGAAUGCACGUGCUGACAAGAAGAUCAUGGCGGCAACGAACCAGGCGUUCUUGGAGAUGUUGAACCGACUGAUUGACAAGACACUGCAGAAUCUGACCAAGAUCCAGCGUGUGAAGUACGAGACCUUGAUCACCAUCCACGUUCAUCAACGUGAUAUCUUCGAUGACAUUGUGAAGAUGCAUGUGAAGACGCCGAGCGACUUUGAGUGGCUGAAGCAGACACGGUUCUACUUCAACGACGACACGGACAAGACACUGAUCAGCAUUACGGAUGUCAACUUCGAGUACCAGAACGAGUUCUUGGGCUGCACGGAUCGUCUGGUGAUCACACCGCUGACUGAUCGCUGCUACAUCACCCUAGCACAGGCGCUUGGCAUGGCACUGGGUGGUGCCCCGGCCGGACCUGCUGGAACCGGUAAAACGGAGACGACCAAGGACAUGGGCAAGGCACUGGGCAAGUACGUUGUCGUCUUCAACUGUUCCGAUCAGAUGGACUUCAGAGGACUGGGACGUAUCUACAAAGGUCUAGCUCAGUCGGGCAGCUGGGGCUGUUUUGAUGAGUUCAACCGUAUUGAACUGCCGGUGUUGUCCGUGGCCGCACAGCAGAUUGCAAUUGUGUUGCAGUGCAAGAAGGAGAGGAAGUCCCACUUCAUCUUCACUGACGGUGACGUGGUGUCGUUGAGUCCGGAGUUUGGCCUCUUCUUGACAAUGAACCCUGGCUACGCUGGUCGUCAGGAGUUGCCAGAAAACCUCAAGAUCAACUUCAGAACCGUUGCCAUGAUGGUGCCCGAUCGUCAGAUUAUCAUCCGUGUCAAACUUGCCAGUGCUGGUUUCCUGGAGAACAUCAACCUGUCGAGAAAGUUCUACACACUCUACAAGCUGUGCGAAGAGCAGCUCUCCAAGCAAGUGCACUACGACUUUGGACUGCGCAACAUCCUCUCCGUGCUGCGAACGCUGGGAACGGUGAAGCGCAAGAACCCUACGGACAGCGAGAGCACAACAGUGAUGAGAGUCUUGCGUGACAUGAACCUAUCCAAACUGGUGGACGAGGAUGAACCGUUGUUCUUGAGCUUGAUCAACGAUCUGUUCCCUGGCAUUGUCUUGGACAAGGCUGGCUACCCGGACCUGGAAGGCGCUAUCGCAGAGAAUGUCGAGAAAGCGGGUCUGGUCAACCAUCCGCCGUGGGUUCUCAAGCUCAUUCAGCUGUUUGAAACCCAACGUGUACGCCAUGGCAUGAUGGCCCUGGGUCCCAGCGGCGCAGGCAAAACAAAGUGCAUUCACAUGUUGAUGAAGGCCAUGACCGACUGUGGAGAGCCACAUCGUGAGAUGAGAAUGAAUCCAAAGGCCAUCACGGCGCCGCAGAUGUUCGGACGUCUCGACGUCGCCACCAACGAUUGGACUGACGGCAUCUUCUCAACGCUGUGGAGGCGAACACACAAAGCCAAGAAAGGUGAACAUAUCUGGCUGGUGUUGGAUGGACCGGUGGAUGCUAUCUGGAUUGAAAACUUGAACAGUGUACUGGACGACAACAAGACAUUGACACUGGCGAAUGGUGACCGUAUUCCAAUGGCACCCUGGUGUAAGAUUGUGUUUGAACCGCACAACAUCGACAACGCCUCUCCGGCCACUGUGUCACGAAACGGCAUGGUCUUCAUGAGCUCGUCGGCUUUGGACUGGAGGCCGAUCCUUGAUGGAUGGCUGAUGACGCGCCAGUCGUCGGAGGCGGAGGUCAUUCGUGAACUGUUCCAUGCCAGCUUCCAGGAGGUCUAUAACUACAGCUCCACCAUGCUCUUCCCCAAGAUGGAAAUUCUGGAGUGCAAUUACAUCUCCCAGGCUGUCAAGAUGUUGGAAGGCAGCUUGCCGAAGAAAGAGAAGGAAGACAUGUCCAUGCCCGACAAAGCAGUGCUGGAGCGCUACUACAUCUUCGGUGUGAUGUGGAGUAUUGGCGCUCUGCUUGAGCUGGGUGACCGCUCCAAGAUGGAGACAUUCCUGAAGGAGAAGACGAAGCUGAACUUGCCAAAAAUUGAGCCCGGUUCCGGGAACACCAUCUUUGAGUUUGUUGUGAACAAUGAAACUGGCGAGUGGCAGCAUUGGAUGGACAGAGUGCCCGAGUAUAACUAUCCGCAUGAUGAAGUACCCGAGUACUCCUCUAUCUUGGUACCCAACGUUGACAAUGUGCGAACGGACUACAUCAUCCAGUGCAUAUCCAAACAAGACUUGGGAGUGCUGUUGAUCGGUGAGCAAGGUACGGCUAAGACAGUCAUUAUCAAGGGCUUCAUGGGAAAGUCGAACCCUGAAGAGCAUCUCAGCAAGAGCUUCAACUUCUCCUCAGCCUCCACACCCAACAUGUUCCAGAGAACCAUAGAGAGCUACGUUGACAAGAGGGUGGGCAGUACUUAUGGCCCACCGGCUGGAAAGAAGAUGACCGUGUUCGUUGACGAUAUCAACAUGCCCAUCAUCAAUGAAUGGGGAGAUCAGAUUACCAAUGAGAUUGUGCGACAGACUAUCGAGAUGCAGGGCUUCUACAGCUUGGAGAAGCCUGGUGAUUUCACCAGUAUUGUCGACAUUCAGUUCCUGGCUGCCAUGAUUCACCCCGGCGGAGGUCGCAACGACAUUCCCAGUCGUCUGAAACGACAGUUUUCCGUCAUCAACUGUACUCUGCCAUCCGAUGCCUCCAUCGACAAGAUCUUUGGGUCUAUCUCGGAAGGGUACUUCUGCAAGGAGCGUGGCUUCAAGGCGGAUGUUGUGGACCUGGCACACCGACUCGUUCAGACAACACGUCAAUUAUGGCAAGCAACUAAGGUGAAGAUGUUGCCAACGCCAGCCAAGUUCCACUACAUCUUCAACUUGCGUGAUCUCUCCCGCAUCUGGGAGGGAAUACUCACCAUCGACAGCGACAUCCUUAAGGAACGUGAGUUGCUCAUGUCGCUGUGGAAACACGAAUGCCAGCGCGUCAUCUCGGACCGCUUCACGAACCCGCAGGAUAAGGAAUGGUUCAACAAGGCCAUCACACGCGUCGCCACCGAAGAUCUCGACAAUGAGAUUGCUAGUCUAAUCCCCGAGGAACCGUACUUCGUGGAUUUCUUGCAAGACCCACCGGAGGCCACGGGUGAAGAGCCGGAAGACCAGGAGUUGGAAGCUCCAAAGAUUUACGAGCCCAUUCCACCGUACGAUGAACUGGAGGAACGCUUGACGAUGUUCAUGACCCAGUACAACGAGACGAUCCGAGGCGCUGGAAUGGACUUGGUCUUCUUCAAGGACGCCAUGGUGCACUUGAUCAAGAUCUCCCGUGUGAUUCGUACCAGCAAGGGACACAGUUUGCUGGUCGGUGUCGGUGGCUCUGGAAAGCAGAGCUUGACGCGACUGGCGUCAUUCAUUGCGAACUACAAGAUCUUCCAAAUAACACUGACAAGGUCCUACAACAUCAGUAACCUGCAGGAUGAUCUCAAAGUUCUGUACCGCACUGCCGGACAUCAGGGAAAGGGUAUCACGUUCAUCUUUACAGAUCAAGAAAUCAAGGACGAGGCUUUCCUGGAGUAUUUGAACAACGUGCUGGCGUCCGGAGAGGUAGCUAACCUAUUUGCCCGUGACGAGCAGGAUGAGAUCUUGAAUGAACUGAUUCCGAUCAUGAAAAAGGAGUUUCCCCGACGUCCGCCCACUCUCGAGAAUCUCUACGAUUAUUUCCUGUACCGCUGUCGCCAGAACCUGCACGUCGUCCUCUGUUUCUCACCGGUGGGUGAGAAGUUCCGUAACCGCGCUCUCAAGUUCCCAGCGUUGAUUUCCGGCUGUACCAUGGACUGGUUCAGUCGCUGGCCCAAAGAAGCCCUGCAGGCGGUGGCCAGGCAUUUCCUGGCCUCCUACGACAUCGUGUGCACGCCCGAAGUCAAGAAGGAAGUCGUGUUUGCCAUGGGUGUCUUCCAGGAUCGGGUGGCUGAGGCCUGUGUGGACUACUUUCACAGAUACCGUCGAACUGCUCACGUCACGCCAAAGUCCUAUCUCUCUUUCAUCAACGGCUACAAGACCAUCUACUCUCAGAAGCACAACGAUAUCGGCAUGCUGGCCAAGCGCAUGAAAACAGGUCUGGACAAGCUGAUCGAGGCCAGCGAGAGCGUGGCACAGCUCUCCAAGGAACUGGCUGUCAAGGAGAAGGACCUCGCCGUUGCCUCAGUCAAGGCCGAGAAGGUGCUGGUGGAAGUGACAGCUAGUGCCCAGGCAGCUGAGAAGGUCAAGGCCGAGGUUCAGAAAGUCAAGGAUAAGGCUCAGGCUAUUGUCGACGAUAUCGCGACUGACAAGGCAGUAGCUGAGGGAAAACUAGAGGCAGCGAGACCGGCAUUAGAGGAAGCAGAAGCAGCCCUGCAGACAAUCAAACCAGCUCACAUUUCCACUGUACGUAAGCUGGCCAAUCCGCCGCAUCUCAUCAUGCGCAUCAUGGAUUGCGUACUCAUUCUGUUCCAACGCAAACUCAGCACGUGGACAAUGGACAAGGAGAAGCCUACCAACUCGCCGUCCUGGUCCGAGUCAUUGAAGUUGAUGAGCGCUGGAGGUUUCCUGAACACGCUGCAAACCUUCCCCAAGGACACGAUCAAUGCCGAGACUGUUGAGCUUCUCAGGCCCUACUUUGCAAUGGAUGACUAUAACCUAGCCAGUGCCAAGAAAGUGUGCGGUGACGUGGCUGGAUUGUGCUCCUGGACUUUGGCCAUGGCUGCCUUCUUUGAGAUCAACAGAGAAGUGCUGCCGUUGAAGGCCAAUCUUGUGAAAGCCGAGGCGAAGCUAGCCGUUGCCCAGGGUGAGCUCAACGCCGCACAAGCACAGCUGGACGAGAAGGAAGCUGAACUAGCUGCAGUACAAGCCAUGUACGACAAGGCCAUGAUCGAGAAACAGACACUGAUUGAUGACGCGGAUACGUGCCGUAGAAAGAUGGCCGCCGCCAGUGCCUUGAUUGGCGGACUGUCCGGUGAGAAGGACAGAUGGACUAUCCAGAGCAAAGAAUUCCAGGAUCAGAUUGGAAGGCUGGUAGGAGAUGUACUGCUGUGCACUGGAUUCCUGUCUUACUCGGGGCCGUUCAAUCAAGAGUUCCGCGAUCUGUUGCUGGACGACUGGAAGAAGGAACUGAAGACGCGCGGUAUUCCGUUCACUGGUAGUCUCGACGUCACUGGCAUGUUGGUGGACUCUGCUACGGUCGGUGAGUGGGGUCUGCAAGGACUGCCCAACGACGAGCUCUCGGUGCAGAACGGCAUCAUCGUCACCAAGGCAACGCGCUACCCGCUGCUCAUGGAUCCGCAGGGUCAGGGCAAGACCUGGGUCAAGAACAAGGAAGCUCAGAACGAAAUGCAGUUAACAUCGCUCAACAACAAGUAUUUCAGAACACAUCUCGAGGACUGUCUUUCCCUUGGCAAACCAAUCCUCAUCGAAGACAUUGGUGAAGAGCUCGACCCGGCACUCGACAACGUGCUGGAGAAGAACUUCAUCAAGAGUGGCAGUACGCUGAAGGUGAAAGUUGGUGACAAGGAGGUGGAUGUCAUGAAGGGAUUCAUGCUUUACAUCACAACCAAACUUCCCAAUCCGUCGUAUACACCCGAGAUCUCAGCCAGAACAUCCAUCAUCGACUUCACUGUCACAAUGAAGGGUCUUGGUGAUCAGCUGCUUGGCUUGGUGAUUCUGAAAGAGAAGAGGGAGCUGGAGGCCGAGCGUGUGGCCCUGCUAGAAGACGUCACCUCCAACAAGAGGAAGAUGCAGGAACUCGAGGACAACCUGCUGUACCGGCUGACGUCGACCAAGGGCUCCCUGGUGGACGAUGAGACGCUGAUCGAUGUACUGCGCACGACCAAGUCGACUUCUGAAGACGUCAAGCAGAAACUACAGGUUGCUGCUGACACAGAGAUCAAGAUCACAUCUGCACGUGAGGAGUUCCGACCGGUGGCCACCCGUGGCAGUAUUCUCUACUUCUUGAUCACAAACAUGAGCAUGGUCAACUGCAUGUACCAGACGUCUCUGCCGCAGUUCCUGGGGCUGUUCGACAACUCCAUGGAGCGCAGCACCAAGUCUCCCGUCACCGCCAAGAGAAUCGCCGCCAUUGUGGAGUACUUGACGUUUGAGGUAUUCCGCUACACGUCGCGUGGUCUCUACGAGGAGGACAAAUUUCUGUUCACGCUGCUCUUGGCACUGAAAAUAGACCUGAACAAUAACAAGGUAAAACAUCGUGAGUUCAGUACGCUGAUCAAGGGAGGUGCUGCUUUGGAUCUGAAUGCUGUGGAACCUAAGCCAGCCAAGUGGAUCCUGGACUUGACCUGGCUCAACUUGGUCGAGCUCAGCAAGCUACCUCAGUUCUCCGAGAUCCUCAGCCAGAUUGCUCGCAAUGACAAGGCCUGGAAGGCUUGGUUUGAUGUUGAGGCACCGGAGGAGACUCCAUGUCCAGAUGGCUAUGAGCACUCGCUGGACACAUUCCGUCGCCUGCUGCUGGUCAGGAGCUGGUGUCCGGAUCGUACAGCCGUGCAAGCACGCAAAUACAUCACCGAGUCACUGGGUCUGCGCUUUGCGGAGGGUGUCAUCCUGGACCUGAGGGAUCUUCACGCGGAGAGUACCCCCCGUACACCCAUGAUCGGACUGCUGUCGAUGGGAUCGGAUCCCACGGCCGACAUUGAGAACCUGGCAAAGCGCGAGAAUCUGGAAUGCCGAGCCAUCAGCAUGGGUCAAGGGCAGGACGUUCACGCACGACGUCUUCUACAACAAUUCAUGGGCGGUGGAGGAUGGGCGCUGCUGCAGAACUGCCAUUUGGGUCUUGACUUCAUGGAUGAGCUCUUCCUGCUCAUGGUGGAUGCGGAGAACAUUCACGAGGACUUCCGCUUGUGGAUGACGACAGAGGUGCACCCGAAGUUCCCGAUCUCCUUGUUGCAGAUCGGCUUGAAGUUCACUAAUGAGCCGCCGCAGGGAAUCAAGGCCGGUCUCAAACGAACCUACACUGGUAUCAGCCAGGACCAGCUGGACAUCAGCAACCUGCCUCAGUGGAAACCAAUGCUCUUCGGCUUGGCGUUCCUACACACGACUGUCCAGGAACGUCGCAAGUUUGGUCCGCUGGGUUGGAACAUCCCGUAUGAGUUCAACCAGGCCGAUUUCACCUCCACUAUGCAGUUCUUCCAGAACCACCUCGAUGAUCUGGACUUGAAGAAGGGCAUCUCCUGGACAACGGUACGCUACAUGAUCGGUGAAGUGCAGUACGGCGGUCGUGUUACGGACGAUUUCGACAAAAUUCUCCUGAACACAUUUGCAAAGGUCUGGUUCAGUGAUGGCAUGUUUGCACCAACAUUUAAGUUCUACAAGGGCUACACUAUUCCAACCGCUGCUACGUGUAAAACAGUCGCCAAUGUCAUGGAGCAUGUUGAGGAACUACCGCUGCUUGACACCCCCGAAGCAUUUGGCCUUCAUCCCAAUGCCAACAUCACUUACCAGACAAACGUUGCAACCAAUUGCAUGGGUACAAUGGUGAGUAUUCAGCCGAAAGACUCCGGUGGCGGUGGUGGGGAGACGCGUGAGAGCGUUGUGCAGCGACUUGCCGACGACAUGCUCAGCAAGCUGCCGCCGGACUACCUGCCCCACGAGGUCAAGGCCUGCCUGCAGCGCAUGGGACAUCUCUCGCCGAUGAACAUCUUCCUGCGGCAGGAGAUCGAUCGCAUGCAGCGUGUCAUUAUCAACGUGCGCAGCACCUUGGUGGAUCUCAAGCUGGCCAUUGAUGGUACAAUCAUUAUGAGCGAGAUGCUGCGUGAUGCAUUGGACAAUAUGUACGAUGCCCGUGUGCCGACAGCAUGGAAGAAGAUCUCGUGGGCGUCAGCAACGCUUGGUUUCUGGUUCACGGAGCUGCUUGAGAGGGAUACACAGUUCCGAAGCUGGUGCUUCGACGGCCGUCCCAACUACUUCUGGAUGACCGGCUUCUUCAACCCACAGGGAUUCCUCACAGCCAUGAGACAGGAAGUAACCCGUGCGCACAAAGGCUGGGCUCUGGACACCGUUGUACUCAGUAACGAAGUCACCAAGAUGUUCAAGGACGAUGUCAAAGAGCCGCCAGCAGAGGGUGUAUACGUGUACGGUUUGUUCCUGGAUGGCUCGGCGUGGGAUCGCCGACAGGGCAAACUCAUUGAGCAGACGCCUAAGGUACUGUUCACGUCAUUACCAGUCGUCCACAUCUUCGCCAUCAACAGCACGGCCGGUAAGGACCCGCGUUUCUACCACUGUCCGCUGUACAAGAAGCCGAACCGUACCGACCUGACCUUCAUCACAACGCUGCAGCUCAAGACGUCGCAGAGUCCCGACCACUGGACACUGCGCGGUGUUGCACUCCUCUGCGACGUCAAGUAAUCACCACAUGACUCAACACAAACUGAGCUGUGCUCACACAUCUCGGCAAUAAGCACAGCCACGCGCAAGACCUACAGACAUCUUGCCAUGUGUGCUUGUUUCUCCUCUUGGCAUUUAUUCAGCUCUUUUUCGUGCAUGCAUGCUCAACGGAUACGUGUACUUUCUGCAAUUCGACUACUACUUUGCCAUUGAAUAAUGUGUUUCUAAUUUAAAAAUGUAUUCAUAGCAUUCUGUAGAACGCAUCAUCAUGGUAAAUAAAUUAUCAUGAUGACGUCAUCAAGAUCUAUUUUUAACACUAGGCUUUUUGCACGACCUCCCUAUCACAUCAUUUCUUCACUGACUUCAGACAUUCUUUUAUUGAUGCAUGGAAUUGCUAUUGACCAUCUACAUGACUGUACAUGUAUGUGUGCACGGGUUCCAAGUUUUUGACAGCUAGUCCAAAGCUGAUUGCGUCGAUUGCCUUUAGAUAGUGCUGUAUACAUUUUUUUAAUGUACUCUUAUUUUCUACUCUUUUACUCAACUUUCCCCCAGAGCAUUCAAAAAAGAACGCAUCACCUCGCUCACAUGUUAUACCUAGCAAUGCACGGUGGCUUUGCACUUUCCACCUUUCAGUAUGUUGCACUCUACUACGAAGUACCUUCUAAAAUUAUGUGCCACAAUUAUCAUGAUCAUUUUGUCGUCAAUGUGUUGUUACACUGACCGUCUAUCGCUUACUUUUAAAAAGUUAGUUGCGACUUUGGCAAUGAUGAAGUUGGUUGUUCCAACGAGGAACACACGCGUCCUGCCGAACUUGA